AUGUGUUCACCGGCAACAGCUCCGACUUCAGUGGAUUCUGACUUCGCCCGUGCAGUGUCAGCAUCGCCUGCACCUGUGUCGGACCAUCUAGACUUGGCGGCUGAUAUGAAACGACGCAGUACUACCAUUGGUUCUACCGGAAUGACCCAAAUGUCUCGGAAUAAUCCACACAAAAGAUUGAAUUGGGCCGAAAUGAUUUGCUACACUAUCUCUGAAAGUCCCACUGGCAAAUUAGUUAUUCGGGAUCUGUUCGAGGGGAUGUGUCAUAAAUACCCUGAUGUUGCAGAAUGGGCCACCGGAAAGGACUGGGAAGCUCGAGUUAAAAAUCGCAUCAAGUCUACUCUCUCAAUUAAGGGCAAUCUUUUUGUGAAAGUACCUAGACCAUCACGUGCGGGCGGCAAGGGAAGCUGGUGGACACUAAGCCCCGAAGCCAAGGAAGCCAUUCGUCAGGGACGUAUUUCGGAAGCAAUUCGUGGUACAGGACCUUACGCGCCAGCAUCUGGCGGAUCUCCGACGUUUGAUGGGCCAAACCAUGAUGUGUUCACGCCAACACGCCACCAAAGAGGUAAUCGGCGUGCCAGCUCUGACAAGCAUCUGCCGCUCAGCCACCAUGGUCGAUCAAGAUCAACCUCUGAACAGAAUUCAACAGCAAGACUGUCUAUGCGGUCACAGAACUGGCCGCUUGCGAUAUCUUCUGCAGAUUUUCGACCAGCCUCGGGUAGGAGCAUGUCCACGUCAUUUUCAAAUAAUCGGUAUGGAGCUGAAACAAAGGUUCGCUGUUCACCCUUGAAUUUGAUGGGCACAUCAUUGAAUGAGUCUUUUGAAAACAAGGGGAAUACUAGUGCUGCUCCGUAUACAGCUCCGCUUUCCACAGCUGCGUCUGGAUGGAACCAGAUGUACGACAUGUAUCCUACAUUGCCAUCAACUAUGCUUACUAUGUCGCCCUUGACAACAUCGUUCUCGCCUAGGGCAACAAACACCACCGUUCCGCCCAAUACAAAUCUAUACCCGUCUUCCUUUUACAAUGGGCCGAUUUCGAUACCCCAAACACCACUUGACAUUCAAUAUGCGACAUCACCUUGUAUGGACGCCAUGCAAGCAACAGCCACCGCUUCGCAAUUUCCUGCUAACGACUCAGCAAUCUUCAAUUCAGAAUCUAUGUACAAUGGACCGCCACAUUUUCCCAUGAUGAGACCGCAUGAUGUACAGCAAACGCCGACGAUGCUGAAUAAUGUGACGGGGUCUCAAGACACGAGAUGUAUGGAGCUGCCAGAGGCCAAUGUUCCCUUGCACCUACAAGCACUGUGCAGCUCAUUGCCAAAGUCAAUGGGUGAAGAUGGGUCUUCGCUUGUGCUUCCAGGAUCACAAUCGAUGAACACUAGUGACAUCGCGUCAAAGUCCGUGCCUUUUACAUAUGCUCCUGGAGUGCUUGGCUUAGACAAUACCGCAUUUCCUAGCCUGGCAAGUAUGAAUGAUUCACUGCUCUCCAACGGACUAGGAUCUAAUGCUUCGGACAAGAAUGUUGGUAUGGACUGCCCUAUGACGGCUGCCUCCCAUAAUACCCAACCCUCUUAUUGGGAGUAUUAA